AUGGCAGACGACAGAGAUAACAACCGCAAUGAUUGGUUCGACGAGGCUAACCCGUUCGUGGCCUUCCGACGCUAUGCCGACGAACAGGUAUCCACUCUGCUUCAAUCUAUCACAGGUCUACCCUCAACAGUGACGCCACCUCACCACGAUCGAUGGGAGAUUUUCACCGAAGACCAUGGAUUUGAAAAUCGAGGGGUCCUCCAGAGAACCGGCGAUACCUCGGACAGAGACCGUCAGAACGAAGCGCGAGGUGGAAACGAUCGCAACCACGAAGAUCGCUCCAAGCGAUGGUUCAACGGGCCAUAUGACUUCUUCGGAUUCGACUCCUUCCUGGUUCCGCUUGCGACUCAUUUGAUCAACUCUCACAUCUCUCUGCCGGGCAUGUUCGAAGACACCGAAUCGCCAACCUGGCCGAUCGCCUACAUAAUGCUCAGUCCCUACUCUCCCCUCCACCUGGAGCGCCAGGCAAAAUACCGCGCGCAUCGCGAAAAUGGCGUCUUCGCAUAUAUUAUGGCAUCAUUGUAUCUUGACACCGACCGUGACCCAUCCGAGCCGCAGUGGCGAGAAGCCUUUGAGGAUCUGCUCCGACUUGAAAAUGGCAAGCCGAUGCUCAACCGCGACAGCACUGCUCAGCCCGAGUCCGGAAAAGAUUGGCUCCAAGGCCUUGUGAAACGGGGUAGCUUGGGUGAUCAAUGGAAGUUUGUGCCUCGCAGAGAAGGUCGGCCUUGGUCCGGUAUCACAUUCUCUGGCCACUCUGAGCAUGCGCAAGACCAGGAACAAAGCCAUGAUCAAGAGGAUAAAGAUUCGCAACUUCUCCCUGACCAAGAGACCAAGAAUGAGAGGAAGAUUGCCGAAACCGAGCUGGAAUUGUAUGAGCGUUUCUUGUCUGAUAUUGAAAGUCGAGAACGCGAAUCCCUCCGCACUGUGCCGGAAAGCCCCCUUCUUCGUCUUCUGCUAGCAGAGCACUCAAAACAACAAGAGAAACUGGAAGAGCACAAGCGGGAUGGACACAUUACCAAUGAGCGCCGCGACGUUAACGAAGACGUGAUCGGUGUUGUGUCCAGCGAAAACAAACAGUCCGUUACUGAGACACCGCAUGAUAUGACCGAGACCAAACCAGAAUCUGCAUCCGGGGCUUCGUCUCGAGUGGUCUCCACCAUGACACGAACAGAGCGCGUCCAACUUCCGGACGGUUCUGUUAAAAGUACCAUUGUCAAGACCAAGCGGUUUGCAGACGGACGAGAGGAACAAGAUUCCUCUGUUGAGCUGUCCCACUCUCAGCAAGGCGCUUCCGCUUCCGAGAAGUCUCAGAAUGGCUGGUUCUGGAAGGACUAG